CGGGAUCCCGUCCCACACAACGUGGACAGCCGGACGGUUCCAGAAGCGGGCAGCCGCACUAUCUUAUCUGAUCAGUAUCCGAAUGUGUGUGACGCCUGUUGCGUGAAGGUGUGUGUGUGUGCCCGUAUAUUGAAACACGACCCGAACCUACCGGCCAUUCAGUACGGUGUGACAGCUGCGUGUGGUUGGAUCGUUGUUGUGCGAAUCGGAAAACAAAAGAGCUUUCCGGGGCCUUCAAACACACCAUGAGCGUAAAGGUGGAGGCACUAGCGAAGGAAGUGUUCGUGGCACCGGUUGCCGAUAGGAAGAUGGUCCCUAUUCGCCCCAUCCCCGAAUGUCUCAAGCGCAAAGCGGCGGAAGAACUGAACGAAAAGGAGGCGAACGUAGCGGAAGAGCUGGAAAUGAUCAAGACCUGGAUGCGACAGUCCGGCCACAUCCGGGGCCGGAUAGAGGACCAGUUUUUGCUGGGCUUCUUGCGCUCCUGCAAGCACAGCAUGGAACGGGUGAAGGAAAAGCUCGACACGUACUACACGAUCCGGUCCGUGCUGCCCGAGGUGAUGCGCAACCGUGAUCCGCUCGAUCCGUUCGUGCGGCAAGUCAUCAAGAUGGGUGUGACGGUCCCACUGCCCAAAACGGUUAACCCGGACGAUCCGAAGAUCAUCCUCAUCCGGGGCGAUGCAUUCGAUGGUGACGUGUGUGACUUCCCGGACAUUCUGAAGGUGUUCACGAUGAUCGGUGACAUACUGCUACGCGAUGACGAUCAGAUGAUGAUCUGCGGCCAGGCAGCCAUCAUCGAUCUGGGCCACUCGUCCAGCAGCCAUCUGUUCAACUUCAACCUUUCCUUCCUGCGCAAAGCAUCCAUCCUGAACCAGCAAGCAUCACCGCUCCGGCAGAAGGGUUUCCACUUCAUUAACACACCGAAAAGCUUCGAUCUGGUGCUGAACAUCUUCAAAGGGCUGAUGACGGAGAAGAACCGCAAACGUACGAUUAUGUCGCACGGUUCCAGCCUAGAGUCACUGCACCGGUACUUCCCCCGGUCGGUACUUCCGGCCGAGUUGGGCGGUGAGCUUGGCCCUGUCCAGCAGUACGUGGACGAAUGGGAACAGAAGCUGAUCGAAAAUCGGGCGUACCUGAUCGAGGAGGAAUCGCUCGGUGUGGACGAAGGGCGACGGCGAACGACGAACCCGCUGGCGGAGGAAAAGGAUCUGUUCGGGACGGCGGGAACGUUCCGGAAGCUAGAGUUUGAUUGAGAUCACAGCAAACAGAUACGGCUGUUGUUCGCAUCGUGAUGUCUAGCUCUCGUUGUGCAUCAGAUAGACGGAUAUGCCUUCAGCAGCUGAUUUUGUUAUUUAUUACCCAGUUGAUUAGAUAAACAUUAACGACCGGUAAUGCAUUGCAUUACUGAUUAAACGAAUUUACGAGUGCGAUGGAUUGGAGUGCGCUAGAAAGCGGCAGAGAAGAGCAUUCACGUGUGGAGAUCGUGUAGCCAUAAGAAUCUACCAGCUCUUCAUUGCUGAUCUUCCUCCAUAGGGUUUGUUUUUUUUUUUUUCAUUCAACGAUUAUUCCUAUUUCUUUACUAAAAUAGAGUUUAAAGUGUUUAAGUGUACAAAUAUCAAAUAAAAUGUCUAUGAAGCUCUAUGAAGUUAGAAUAAAAUAAAAAGGAUUAAAA